GGGAGAUACUCGCGUUGAAUUCCAUUUUCCUCACAAGCAUAUCUGCAGCACGUCUAGCUGUAGCUUUGCUCACACCAACAGCUUUUACUUUCCAUUCUCCUCGAAAGGAAAGCAUCUGCACGUGUAGCAUGCUCACGCCACCAGCUUUACUUCCCAUUUCCCUCAGGAAGCAAAGCAUAUCUGCAGCACGUUUAGCUUGCUCACACCACCAGCAAAGAAUAUCUGCACGUAUAGCUUGCUCUACCAUUCUCUUCACCCUGGAUGACAAUUGUGUUUCCCUGUGCCAUUCUCUUCUCCACCCUUAACUGCAGUUGUGUUUUCCUGUGUUCCGCGUGCGUCACGAGCUCUCAGCACUCCAAUGGCAGAGCUGGUGGCCACCAUGGUGGUCGGACCACUGCUGUCCAUUGUGAAGGAGAAGGCGUCCAGCUACCUCCUGGACCAGUACAAGGUGAUGGAGGGCAUGGAGGAGCAGCACCGGAUCCUCACCCGCAAGCUGCCUGCCAUCUUGGAUGUUAUCACCGACGCGGAGGAGGCGGCAUCACACAGAGAGGGGGCCAAGGCUUGGCUCCUAGAGGUCAAGAGGGUGGCUUAUGAGGCGAAUGAGAUCUUUGAUGAGUUCAAGUACGAGGCGCUCCGUCGUGAAGCCAAGAAGAAUGGGCACUACAGCGAACUCGGUUUUGAUGUAAUAAAACUCUUUCCCAGCCACAACCGUUUUGUGUUCCGUCAAAGAAUGGGAAAGAAGCUAUGCAGGGUUGUGCAGUCCAUUGAGGUCCUUGUUACUGAGAUGAAUGCAUUUGGGUUUAAAUAUCAGCAGCAAGUGUCAGCAUCCAAGCAAUGGAGGCGGACAGAUCAUGUUAUCUUUGAUCCAAAGAAAAUCAUCAGCAGAUCGAGGGACCAAGAUACAAGGAAUAUUAUUGAUACUCUUCUUGGUCAAGCUAGCAAUGCAGAUCUCACAGUUGUUCCCAUUGUUGGAGUAGGGGGACUAGGCAAGACCACCUUAGCGCAGCUCAUUUACAAUGAACCCAAAAUUCAGAAGCAUUUUGAGUUGCUCAUUUGGGUUUGUGUCUCUGAGACCUUUGAUGUGGAUUCCGUGGCUAAAAGCAUAGCUGAAUUUCAUUCCCCAAAAACUAAAGAAGAAGCAGCUCCCAAAAAGAGCCCACUCGAUAUCCUUCAAGAUGCACUAAGAGGGCACAGGUACCUCCUUGUGCUGGAUGACGUCUGGAACAGAGAACCCGAUAAGUGGGAAAAGCUCAAGUCUUGCCUUACACAUGGUGCCAAGGGUAGUGCGGUUUUGACAACUACUCGUGAUGAAGGAGUCGCAAAAAUAAUGGGUACAGUUAAGGCCUAUAAUCUCGCAGCUUUGGGGGAUAAUUUUAUAAAGGAAAUUAUUGAGACAAAAGCAUUCAGUUUGCAGAAGGUGGAAGAAAGGCCUUCUGUGCUAGUUAAUAUGGUUGGUCAGAUUGUGAAGAGAUGUCAUGGCUCUCCUUUGGCCGCAGCAUCACUAGGUUCGGUGUUGCGGACGAAGACCAGCAAAGAAGAAUGGAAGGCUGUGUUAAGCAGAAGCAGCAUUUGCACCGAGGAAUCUGGAAUUUUACCAAUACUCAAGCUCAGCUACAAUGAUUUGUCAUCCCAGAUGAAGCAGUGCUUUUCUUUUUGUGCCGUGUUUCCGAAGGAUUACAAGAUUGAUGUGGACAAGCUGAUCCAACUAUGGAUGGCACAUGGCUUUAUUGAGGAUCAAAAGGAAGUUAGUCCUGAAACCAUUGGCAAACGAAUUUUCAAUGAGCUGGCCUCAAGGUCAUUCUUUGUGGAUGUGAAGCAAGAAAAAGUUCCAAGAAGCCGAUAUAACCCCGCGAUGGGUACUUAUUCCAAACAUACCUGUAAAAUCCAUGAUCUUAUGCAUGAUGUUGCACUGUCUACAAUGGAAAAAGAAUGUGCUCUCAUGCCUGAGCAACCAAGUCAGAUUGAGUGCCUUCCAGAUACAGCUCGCCACUUACUUUUGUCUUGUGAAAAACCAGAAACUAUUUUGAAUGAUUCUCUGUUGACAAGAUCUCCAGCUUUGCAGACACUUCUGUGUGAUAAUGAUAUGCGAGAACCAUUGCAGCAAUUAUCGAAAUACAGCUCCUUGAUGGCAUUACAGCUCUGUACAAAAAGAAGGUCAUUCCCCUUAAAAUCUAAGCACCUGCAUCACCUAAGGUACCUUGAUCUCUCAAGAAGUUGUAUCAAAGCACUUCCUGAGGAUAUAAGCAUUCUAUACAACCUGCAAACGUUGAAUGUCUCUCACUGCGAAGAACUUUGUCAGCUUCCAAAGCAAAUGAAGUAUAUGAAUGCCCUCCGUCAUGUCUACACUCAUGGUUGUCCGCAGAUGAGGAGCAUGCCAGUUGACCUCGGAAAACUCUUGUCCUUGCAGACACUUACGUGUUUUGUGGCAGGUCCUUCUAGCUCUGGGUGCAGUGAUGUUGGAGAGUUGCAGCAGUUAAACCUUGGUGGACAGCUUGAGCUACUUCAGCUAGAGAAUGUGACAGAAGAAGCUGCGAAAGCGGCAAACAUCGGAAAGAAGGAGGAACUCCGAGAACUGAAAUUAAAAUGGACUGUUGGUUGUGACCAUGAUGCGAGAGUGCUUGAGGGUUUCAAACCUCAUGAUGAGCUGCAGGCUAUAAGGAUAGAGUCAUACGGAGGAACCACCUUUCCGACAUGGAUGUCUAUGUUGCGAAACGUGGCUGAGAUCCAUCUUUCUCGUUGUAGAAAACUGCAAUGGUUAUUCAGCUGUGGUACAUCCUUCACUUUUCCAAAUUUGAAGGAGUUUACACUACAGUAUCUGGAUUCUUUGGAGAGAUGGUGGGAAUUAAGCCAUGAGCAACAAGGAAAAGCGAUAAUAUUUCCUCAGCUUGAAAAGUUAUUUAUUGUUGGCUGUGGAAAGUUGACAGCGUUACCUGAAGCAACACUGCUCAGAGAAUCUUAUGGAGAAUCUUAUGGCACAAUGGCACGGUCAGCAUUUCCAGAGUUGAAAGAACUCCACUUGAAUGACUUGGACAGAUUUGAGAGAUGGGAGGCAAUCGAAGGAAACCAAAGUGGAUACAUAAUAUUUCCUAGGCUUGAGAAACUUGAAAUUUCCAGUUGUCGUGUGUUGACAGCAUUCCCGGAAGCACAGCCUGGUGGAGAUUAUGGUAUGACACGCUCAGCAUUUCCUGCGUUGAAGGUUCUCAGCUUAUCAUCAUUGCAGAACUUUGAGAGCUCGGACGCAGUUGAUGGAUCUCAAAGAGAAGACGCAAUGUUUCCUGAACUUCAGAAGUUGUAUGUUGGUGGCUGUGGGAAGAUGAAAGUAUCAUCAGGGCAACAAAAGGUUUCUCCAAAGCUGGCCGUGUUACACACUGAGGGAAGUGAGGAAGAGAUGAUCCGGUUGGUAGCUAGACAUAUGACUUCACUGACCAACUUGAAACUGCAUAGCAGUCGAGAAACGGAAACAACCUUGUCAGCGGCUGAUCAUAGUUUGAAACUUGCGGUGGAUGUCAUGGUAAAAGGGAAUCACAAUGAUUUCCCUCUAAAAGAUAUGGAGUUAUGGGGCUUUAAGUCAGGGGCUACGGCUGAGCUAUGUGCACAUUUUGUACAGCUUCAACACUUGGAUUUUAGUUACUGUGAUGCACUUGUCCACUGGCCAGAGAAAGAGUUUCAAAGCUUGGUAUCCUUGAGGAGCCUAAUAAUUUAUUACUGCCAAAAACUGAUUGGAUACGCACCACAAGCUCCUGCAGAGCCAUCAACAACACCAGAACCCUCGAGUGAACUACUGCCACGUCUCGAAUCUCUCGAUAUAUAUGGUUGUCCAAGCAUGGUAGAGGUCUUCAAGCUCCCUGCAUCCCUGAGGAAACUGACAAUUAUUGAUUGUACUAAGCUCACAUCCAUAUACAGCAGGAGGCUACAGCAGGGACAGUCAGCAUCAUCGAUUCUACAAGGGCCAGAGGUGUCAUCAUCAUCUGACAAUGCCAGGACCACCAGCUUAGCAGGUGUCCCCUAUCUUCCCCCAUCGCUGGUUGACCUACACAUCCAUGAUUGCAAAACCCUGUCCCUACCGAAUGGACCACAAGCAUACUCAUCUCUGCAAAGACUUGUCAUCACGGAGUGUCCUAGUCUAAAGAGGCUCCCUACAUGCCUCCAGCAACGUCUAAGCAGCAUCCCGGACAAAGAUCUAGAUGCCCGUUUUCAAGAUCCCAGUCUAUUCAAUCCCCUGUCAUGGAGGAAUGCCAUCCGCAGAGCUUAGCGAGCUGUCAAUAUGCAACACCAUCACCAUGGGAAGCUUCCAAGCCGCAAGCAGGAGAUCUGACUGGGCCAUGGAUCGCUAUAUAUUCCAAGCUUUCUUCUGGCGUUGAUUGUGAGGCCGGGUGGCUCCUUGGCAGAACUGUUUCUGCCAUCCAUAUGUACUACAACCUAUCUAGAGUAAUACUACCGCUUAUUGUCCUCCUGCUUUCAUUCACCAACACUCAUGCCAAGAAUCGUGUAACACUUUAUUUCUUGUUCCAAACUACGUGGCAAGUUUUAGUGCUUUAUCUCCUUCAGUAUCUAUAGAACCAGAACACUUCCUUUUUGUGUGAUAUGUAUGGAUAUUCUCUAUGUAAUAAUGUAGCUGUAUCUUGAAACUUUGUAA